ACCACGCUGCACCUUGGUCUUCUUCUCCUUCCUCCGACAAUGUUCGUUACAAAAAUAACUGAGGAGGAUGGUCCUCCCCUUCCUCCUCUGAUAUAUGUGUAUAUAUAUAUAUUCCUGGACUCUGACAUUGCUCGCUUUGAUACUCUAUUACCUUUUGGAUUAUGAGUGUAUUGUUUUGUAUUGCUAGGAUUACUGCACUGAAACACAAGCAUUUCGCUGCCCUUGCGAUCACAUCUGCAAAUCUGUAUACAUGACAAAUAAACUUUGAUUGAUUUGAUUUGACACACACACACACCCAGGUGUCCUGGGUUUGAGGUUGGUCAGGGCGGAACAGGGCACAGGUGAGAAUAACGCCCACUCCGUUUCAUCUAUUUGUUUAAUAUAUCAUGAAUUCUUAUAUGUGAUCCCAUUAAGAUGAACCACGGAACUGAUGAUUUUCUAGCAGAAAUACUGUACCUAGCCCCAAGAUCCCCUGAGGACAAACAGCAUGGUUGUUUUAUCGAUAUUUAUAUACGAUCCUAUGACAUCAAUACAUGAGGUAUUUACUUUCAUGACGUAUUGUAGGGACAGAGCGGAUCAGGUGUAAUUAAAAGUAUGUCCGUUCUACCAAUCAGUGUUGCAUUGCUGUUGUAAUUUACCCUCCUUCUCCUCCUCCUCCUCUUCCUUCUCCUUCUCUUCCUCCUCUGGCUGUAUGGGUUAAAAGUUUACAGGACACAUAACCAUCUAGGCCAGACAGUUGUUGAUUAAAGCAAGGCAGGGCAAUAAGCAGGUUGUCCAUAGAGCAUAAAGUUAGCAGACACAGCAAUGGUAAGAGGCCAACCAGUAGAACAGGACAUACUUUGAGUAAGUGUAAAUAAGUGCAUGUAGUUCAGCAUUCAAAUUAAGUAUUUUAAACAAAUCCUUCCUGGGCCUGAUUCCAAAACAUGAUCAUUUAUUUGAUGUCAUCUUUCACUGCUAGUUACAUAUUUUCACAGUGCCCUUGACUCAUAACCAACAAGCUUAUGUUCCUUAUCUGUCUAUUGUCCGUUGUAUAUGAUCCUGGUUGCUCAGUUGGUAAGAAUGUGGUGUUUGCUAUUCCAAGGUUGUGGGUUCAAUUCCUGCAGGGGUCACAUUUAUGCACUUACUGUACUACAAGUCGCUUUGAAUAAUGACGUCUGCUAAGGGGUAUAUUAUAGUUGUGUCGUAAACAUUUCUCUCAUGCUCUCUCUCACGCCCUCACUUCCCCUCCCCCCUUUCUCCCCAUAUCUCUCACUCCCUCUCUUCCUUCUCCCUCUACCUCCCCCCUCUCUCCCAGGGGCGUGGAUAGUGACUGGGGGGUUGAGGGAGGGAGUGAGUCAUUGUGUUGGGGAAGCAGUGAGGGAUCAUGCAGUGGCCGCCUCCUCCCUGUCCCAGAAGAAAGUCAUCGCUGUGGGCAUGGCCCCCUGGGGGUUGGUGCACAACAGACAGCAGCUCAUCAACGCACAGGGUAGUUUUCCAGCGCGGUAUUAUGCCCAGAACACAUCCCGUGACUCGUGCUGCCUGGAUAAUAACUACCAGGCCUUCCUGCUGGUGGAUGAUGGGAGUGUAGGCCGGCGGGGAGGGGAGAUGGCCUUCAGGGCCAAGAUGGAGGACUACAUCUCCCACCAACGCACAGGCAUCUGGGGUAGUGGCAGUAUAGAUGUCCCUGUAUUGUGUAUGCUCAUCUCAGGGGACGCUGCCAUGCUGGAGAGGGUGGAUCUCUCUCUGAAGAAGGCUACUCCCUGGCUGGUGUUGAAUGGUUCUGGUCCAGCGGCGGACCUUAUCUGUGAGCUGCUGGAUGCACUGUCAGCCAUGCCCAUGAGCCCCCCCUCUCCCCCGCCAGAGGCUGAGGGGAGCAAGAGCCCCAGUGCGGAGCUGCGCGACAGAGCCCGUGAGAGGGUCCGGAGGCACUUCACUGCCGAGGCAGACCUGGAGAAGCUGGUGGACAGGGCUCUGAGUAUCUACCAGAACAGAGAUCUGAUCACAGUGUUCCACGGGGAGCAGGAGAGUCCUGAUGAUUUUGACACAGUGCUACUGAAGGCUCUCGUCAGAGGUAGAGCCAGUAAACGUUUGUCCAGCGAUGCCAGGGAGUACACAGAGGAGCUGAAGCUAGCAGUAGCCUGGAACAGGGUGGACAUCGCUAAGAGUGAACUCUUCAAUGGAGACAUCCAAUGGCAGUACGAGGACCUAGAGGAUUCCAUGACGGACGCGCUGAUCAACGACAAGCCCCAGUUCGUGCGUCUCUUCACCGAGAAUGGCCUCAACAUCCUAGACUACCUGACCUACCGGCGUCUGGAGGGCCUGUACCGCUCGCUUUCCGACAGCUCUCUGGCCUACACGCUGCUCCAGCGCCGCCUCACAGAGAGGCAGGGCUUGGCCGGGUCCCUGCCCACCGUCCCCUGCUCUCUGGACGGUGCCUCGCUCCUCAAGAGCCCCGUGAGCCCCAUAUCAGAACCCUCGUCGGCCAAAGAGCUCAGCUUGUAUGAGGUGUCAAGGCUUCUAUGGGACAUCCUGGGAGAUGUGUGUCUGCCCUUCUACUACAGCCCUCUGAAGUUGGACCAGAGCACCAGCACCAGGAGAGCACUGAAGCACAUGAAUAAGUUGUUGCUGGAGGAGUGUCCGUACAAGGAGCAGCGCUGUCUCUCUCCCUGGGCCUCUCUGUUCAUCUGGGCCGUGCUGCAGAACCGCAGCGAGAUGGCCGUCUACUUCUGGGAGAUGGCAGGGGAGUCUGUCCUCAGUGCUCUGGCAGGCUGUAAGAUGCUGAGGGAGCUGUCUAAGCUGGAGAGUGAGACGGAGACCAAGCUCUCUAUGAAGGUGCUGGCCCAGAAGUUUGAGAACUUGGCCCUUGAUGUGUUCAGUGAGUGCUACCAGAGCAGUGAAAGACGCUCCUUCACCCUCCUUAUAAGGAAGUCUCCGGUGUGGGGCGGAGCUACCUGUCUGCAGAUGGCUACUGCAGCUGACGCUCGCCUCUUCUUCAGCCAUGACGGCGUGCAGUCUCUGCUGUCUCAGAUAUGGUGGGGAGACAUGGAGAGGAGCACGAAGGUCUGGAAACUGGUCCUCACUUUCUUCUUACCCCCCCUCAUCUACACCAACCUCAUCACUUUCAGGGAACAGGAGGAGGAGGGGAAGUCGGAGGAGGUGACUCAUGGUCGGAACACAGACAGUCUGGAUGGAGGAGAUGCCACUGUGUUUUCUCUCGCUGACAUCAUGCAAACGGAAGAGGAUGCUGAGGAAUAUGCUGCUUUAAGGGCCAAACUGAAAGGGGCCUCCAAUCCCAAGAGGCCCUUCAUACUGCUGCGCUGGAGGGAGUUCUGGUUUGCGCCCGUCACCUCGUUCCUGGGCAACGUGCUGAUGUACUUCCUGUUCCUCUCCCUGUUUGCUUACAUCCUAUUGGUGGACUUCAAGCCCCCGCCCCCUCACGGCCCGUCCACCUUAGAGUUUGUUCUCUACUUCUGGGUCUUCACCAUGGUCUGUGAGGAGAUUCGACAGACGUUCUUUGUGGGCAGCAACACUAUAUAUCAGAGGAUGAGUCUCUACAUCCAGGACAUGUGGAAUAAGUGUGACAUCUUGGCUAUCUCACUCUUUGCCCUGGGCAUGUGCUGCAGAAUGUUCCCUUGGUCCUAUGAGUUUGGCCGUGCUGUGUUUGCUGUGGACUACAUGGUGUUUACCCUUCGUCUCAUCCACAUCUUCGCCAUCCACAAACAGCUGGGACCAAAGAUCAUCAUUGUCGGCAACAUGAUGAAGGACAUCUUCUUCUUCCUCUUCUUCCUGGCGGUGUGGCUCAUGGCCUACGGCGUAGCCAAUCAGGCGCUGCUCUACUCCUAUGACCCCCGUCCCAAUUGGAUCUUUCGCAGAGUAUUCUACAGGCCAUACCUCCACAUAUUUGGACAGAUCCCCAUACACGAAAUGGAUGCUGAUAAACUGGAGGAGGGGAUACAGUGCACCAAUAACGCAACCCUGAUCGGGGCGGGGGCAGAGCCCUGCAUGAGUACCUACGCCAACUGGCUGGUGGUCAUCCUACUGGUCAUCUACCUGUUGGUCACCAACAUCCUCCUGGUCAAUCUGCUCAUCGCCAUGUUCAGUCAUACAUUCUCAAAAGUGCAGGAGCACAGCGACACCUACUGGAAGUUUCAGCGCUACAAGCUUAUCUUGGAGUACCAUUCCAGACCCUGCCUUGCGCCACCCUUCAUCAUCAUCUCCCACCUCCACCUCUUCAUCAAGAGGCGCAUCCGCAGGAUCCCCUCCGUCAAGAUCAAACACUUUGUUCUGGAGAUCUAUGGUAGGCAGGCCAGUAAACUGAACAUGUGGGAGGCCAUCCAGAAGGAGAAUAUACUGUCUGCCCAGAACAAACGAGAGAGAGAGAAAGACUCAGAGAGACUUAAACGCACCUCCGUCAAGGUGAAUAGUGUCCUAAAGCAGAUGGUAAAGAUCCAGGACCACGACCGCAGGCUGAGAAUGCUAGAGACCAAGUUGGAAUAUUGUUCUAGUGCCCUCUCCUGGAUGGUGGACGCUCUCUCUCAGAGUAACUUGAUAAAACCCACACGUCCUCCGCCCAUUCUCAGAGAUCUGACCCCUCUUUCUCCAACUAACUGAACCAUGUCUGAUGGAGAAUAGUGAAAUAUAGACACACGUGCACACACACCUACAAUCACUGUCACUCAGUGCCGAAGAAUGUCAAGAAAUGCCAGACGGACUCAAUGCUCAUUCAUCAAUCAUUUCAAUGUCGUUUUUAAACUUUGAUAAUUUCAACUGCUGCCAUUUUGUAUGUGUACCAUUGUUGCUCUUCUAUGUUACACUUUGUUAUUCCUAUGUUCAAUAAAUCUUGUUCCUGUGGGUUAUAGAAUGGAUGGACAAUAUGUUCCUAAUGUAAUAUGUACAGACAUUGUAAAGGUAAAAUAUUAUUAUUUGACAUGACCAAGUGCAAACACAUUAAACUUUUUGUUGUAUGUUG